AAUGUUAUCAAGAUGGACUCUAAAUAACUUAGUUUUCCAUAAUAACAGAACUGGACAAAUAUGAUUUUUGCAUUUUUUUAGUGACCCGUGGGAUGAAGUAUUGUGUUUCCAUCUGCCACCCAGUUGUUUACGUUUAAGGGGGAGAGGUCCAGAUUUUGAAAUUUAAAUUUAACAUUUUAAACACACAUGACACAUUAGUUUUGUCAAGUUAAUUGGAACUGAGAAAUGGGUCAGAUCCAGUACUCUGAUAAAUACUUCGAUGAUACCUACGAGUACAGGCAUGUAGUUCUUCCUCCUGAAGUAGCCAAGUUGCUACCCAAAAACUGUCUUCUGUCUGAAAAUGAGUGGCGGGCAAUUGGAGUUCAACAGAGCCGAGGUUGGGUUCACUAUGCUGUUCAUCGACCAGAGCCACACAUCAUGCUCUUCAGGAGGCCAGUCAACUAUCAGCAGCAACAAGAGAACCAGGCUCAAAAAGCCAUGCUUGCCAAGUGAAGAUACUCACCACUUGUUUCUUUUCAACGUAUCUAAUAUAAAUGUCUGCUUCUGAUAUGCUAUGCGCUAUAAAUCUUUGCUCAUUAUUAAUUUUGUCCUUAAAGCUGUUCUUCCAAUUGAGCAGUUUUAUGUUGCUGUUACUUGGAUGUCCUAUUGUCUGGGCCAGCUUUUCUGUUUUUUUGCAGUUGUUGUAUUGGCAUAUUUUAGUAAUCUAACUAUGUCUGUUUGAUGGGCUUAGCUUAAGAAAAAAAAAAGUUUCUUUUUUACCUUA